AUGUUCUCCACGAUCCGUACUUCGGUGGAUCCGUCCUCAAAGCGGUACUCGAUGGAGUCUCGCUUGCGAGGUAAAGUGCUCAUCUUUAAUCAUCGUGAAUUUACCAACGGUUACAGUCCCCGAGUGGGGACGGAAAAGGACGUCGAACGACUGUUGCAGACGCUUCCCUUGCUGGGGUACGCACGGGAACACAUCAAAGUUUUCGAAAACCAAGACGCUUCGGGAAUUGAGGCAAUUGCUGGAAAAUUGAAGACUGAUGCAGAGUUGACCCAGUGUGACAGUUUGAUGGUAUUUUUCCUCACUCACGGAGAGCAAAAUGACCGGUUGGUGGCUCGUGAUGAAACCUUCCACUUGUACGAGUUCAUAGAACACUUUACACCAGCAGCCCUACCGGCAAUGGCCGGCAAGCCUAAGCUGUUUGUGGUGCAAGCCUGCCGGGGAGGAAGGUUGGAUCGCGGAGUUCAGCUGCAAUCGCUGGUUUCCGGGCUGGCUUCAACGCUGGUGACCCGCUUCAGGUUCGACACGGGAUCUUUUGUAGGCGCCAACCUCGUCGGAGGUCGGCGGUAUACGUGCCCUGUGCAGGAUAACCGAAUCUUUAGUUAUCCGGAGUUUGCCGAUUUUCUUAUAGCGAUGAGUUCACAUCAUGGCCAUGUUUCCUUCCGGAAUGCGCAAGGAAGUUGGUACAUCCAGGAGCUUUGCAACGUCAUCGAGAGCUUCGAUCCAGACGAUGAGUCCAUACUGGAUAUCUUGACGGCCACCAACAGUGCCGUAUCGAGGCGGGUUAGCAACGUCGAUGGCCGACGGAACAACAAGAAGCAGAUCUCCAGUUUCUACUCAACGCUUACGAAAAAGUUGUACUUUAUGCCCAGACCACUGCAGAGCUAA